AUGUUCCGUCGACGCGUGGUUCACCAGCUCAGCAGUGCCAUGGCAUCCCUGCGAUUCCUCACCGUCACGCCCAUUCCCAUGCCCGCGCUCUCUCCCACCAUGGAGAAGGGAAAGAUCACCGAGUGGGUGAAGAAGGUCGGCGACCCCGUCACCUCCGGCGACACGUGGUGUAAGGUGGAAACAGACAAGGCGGUGGUCUCGUACGACAACGCCACGGAAGAGGGUUUUCUCGCACGUAUUCUCGUGCAGGUGGGCGAAGAGGCGGUGGUGGGCGACACCGUCUGUCUGCUGGUCGAUGAGGCGGAGGGUGUGAACUCCGAUGAGGUGAAGAAUUGGGCCGCCGCCGCUGAUGCUAAUAAUACUAAUACUACUACUACUACUAAUACUACCACACCAGCAGCAACGACAACUGCAGCGUCUAGCAGUGCUGGUGGUCAUGUGAAGGCCUCCCCGCUUGCCCGCAAGACAGCAAAAGAAUUAAAUGUAUCCCUCGAGGGCAUUAAAGGCACAGGCGGUGGAGUUGGCCGCAUUGUGAAAAAGGAUGUGGAGGCCGCCGCUGCCGCAGGUACCGCACAGAAGGGAUCAACAACAACAACAACAGCAGCAGCAGCAGCCAAACCCGCACCAGCAGCAACAACGGCUGCGGCCGCUGCUAAGCCAAAGCCACAAACACCAGCGGCAGCACCAAAGCCUUCUGCUCCUGUGAAUGAUAACUACACAGAUAUUCCCGUCACCAACAUGCGUGCAACUAUUGCCAAGCGUCUCACACAGUCAAAGAAUGUGGAGAUCCCACACUACUACCUCUUUGAGGAGUGCUGUGUUGAUAAUAUGAUGGCGUUGGUACAUCAGUUAAAUGCCAAGGGUGAUGGUAAAUAUAAGAUUACUCUGAAUGAUUACAUCAUUAAGGCUGUGGCCCGCGCCAACAUGUUGGUGCCGGAUGCAAACUCCUCAUGGCAGGGAAGCGUGGUUCGCCGCUACAAUACCGUUGACGUCAGUGUGGCUGUUGCAACACCUACAGGCCUCAUUACUCCAAUCAUCAAGAACGCCCAGGCACGUGGAUUAGCGGAUAUUUCCAACGAAAUGAAGGCCCUUGCGAAGAAGGCACGUGAGGGUACACUUCAACCAAAUGAGUUUAUGGGCGGUACGGUGUCUGUGUCAAACCUUGGUGCCAGUGGUAUUCCCGGCUUUACGGCGAUCAUCAACCCACCACAGUCUCUCAUCCUUGCGGUUGGAUCUGCCAAGCCACGGGCAAAGAUCACAAUGAAUGCGGAGACCGGUAAAUAUGAGGUGAGUGGAGAAGUGGAGAUGGUGAUGAAGUUCACCGCCUCCUUCGAUCACCGCGUUAUUGACGGCGCAGUGGGGGCAGAGUGGUGUAAGCACUUCAAGGAUGCCAUUGAGAAUCCACUCUCACUGAUGCUGUAA